UCUCUCAGCAGGGAACCUCCCUGGGUUGCUAAAAGGCCAAGAAGGCGCUGGCUCUUAGGAAGCCCCCCUUGACUCUGGACUCUAUCUAGGCCACCAGGAUGCAGGCUGUGGGGGCCUGGCUGCCCCUCCUGCUGCUGGGUCUGCUCCUGCUGCUCCCCGCCUCCAAGGGCCAGAGCCUGCCUCAAAACUGCACCCAGGACUUGCGCAACAUGACCUGUAGCUGUCUGCUGCCCCAUGAGCGCCAAUACUGCUCUGACCCCAAACUCUCCGUUGGGGCCAUUGUGGGCAUCACGUUGGGGCUGGUGUUGCUGCUAGCCGGGGUGAUUGUGGGGACGGUGCUGGGGAUCCGCAGGAAACGGCAGAGGUGGGAUGCCUCCGAGCCCUGUCUGCGGAAGCCUACAGAGAACGGCUCGGCCCCAGGCUGGCAGCCCCGUUAUGGCAGCCGGAGCUCCAGGCACUUCACUGCUGCCCCUCCCCCCAGUCCCCCGGCUGCCCCAAGUCCAAGCAGCCCUGGGGCUCUUCUCUAUGAGAACUUGUUUCUGGGCUCCCAGCCCAGCCACCAGAGCCCGAAUCCCAGUCAGAGCCGAGAGGCUUCGCCAGAUCCCGAAGGCCUCUACAUGAACUACGAGGACUGCUCCAGGUCUGAGCAUCCCAUCUAUGGCAACGUGGAGAACCUGACCUACAUCCCAGAUCCCCAAGCGUCCCCUCAUCCUGGGGCCGAGGAUGAGGAUGACUACGUGGUGCCAGGGUGCUGAACUCACCAAACCGGGACACCCAGGCUUAGGGACCAGCACCUAGACCCUGCCGGACUUUAUGCAAAUGAACCAGCCAGCCGGCUGCACCCAAGACUGCAGGCAGCCGGGAACUGAAGAGUCUGGGCAGCUCCGAAAAUGUAAUAAAGAAAUUCGGUAUAGGCUGAAAUAUCUCCCCCAGCACCCCGCCCCGCUUCCCUUCCUUUUUUCCCCAGGGUUCAAUUUCGAUCACCAGAGCUGCUCUCGUCCCCUUGCUACCGCAGAGGAGAGCUGACCAAACCGGAAGCCACCCCUCCCCCUUGGCUGAACUUGGGCUCCAAAAAGGGAAAGAGCACGGGGCGUAACUGCGACCUGCGAACCGGACUUCGUGGGCUGGCUGUGGGGGCAGGGUGAAGACACGAAGUGCUGGGCUUCCUCACCCGCAGCGACUGGGAGGGCUUGGUGCCCCACCCUCUUCCCCUACUGCCAGAGAAAGGGGGUGCAGGCCAAGUUGGGAAUCCAGAGCCAGUAGGAAGAAGGACGCCCGUCCCUUAGAUCUGCCUGCAGCCCCUCGGUGCGAUAUAAUUCAGCAAACAUUUAUUAAGCACCUACUGUGCACCAGGUACUGUGUUUGGUGCCGGCCAUACAAAGACAAAAAAGGAAGGAAAGAAAAGAAAGAAAGAAGUAGUCCCUGCUUUCAAGGUGCUGAUUAGGUAC